AUGUACCACCCUCGAUCAUGUGAAAUUUGUUUCUACCAAGAUAAGACUUGUACUUGGACAGAUCUUGAAACUGCUGCACCUCCCAAAGAUUAUAAAUGUGACCGUUGUGCCAAUUUGAAUCUUUUGUGUGAUUGGCCUUCACGUUCUCCUUGCCGUCGUCCUACUACGUCCAAGCGGUCACCACCUGCGCUCCCUGUCAAUCCUCCUAAACCAGUCUUUCGCAAAACACCUGCGCCUCAAAAACCUCCAAAGCAUUCUACUUCUCGUGAAUCUGACGCGUCCAAUGUCCCUUUCGUUAAAGAAGAAUCCAUUCAUGUCAAUCAAUAUGUUGAACAACUGGGUGAAGAGGCUAAGGGUUUGUGGUUCACUCGACAUUUGACGUUUGAAGAAAAAAUCAGGAUGGUCGGCGGAAUGACUUCAAAAUUAUCUCCGGUUCAUCCUACUAUAAUUUUGACUGAAAGAAUGAAUGCUGUCCUUCUUCAACAUUGGAACAAAUUUAAAUCGUACUCAAAAGAAGAAUCUGAAGCUCGUGUUGGUGUUUCAGAAAAAUUUAAAGAUCUUGUUGCUGAAACUCUUUUAUCUAUGUCCAACUCUUCCAAUUCUGCUCAACCUCCAACUUCUAGUUCUUCUUCUCGUGACAAAGGCAAAAAACGCGCCCUAAACCAAGAUUAA